UCCUUUUAUGUGAACACAAGUAUAUGAGGGGUUGUGUAAAAAUUAUUUUUCUCUUGCUGUACUACAAAGAGAUAGAAUCAAACUGCUUUUUUUCGACAUACUGGUUUUUCUUUCUGUUUUUCUUCUCUUUCUUCUAUUUCUUGUGGAUAUUAUGGCUAAUAACACAACAAGUUUAGGGAGUCCAUGGCCAGAAAACUUUUGGGAGGACCUUAUCAUGUCCUUCACCGUAUCCAUGGCAAUCGGGCUGGUACUUGGAGGAUUUAUUUGGGCUGUGUUCAUUUGUCUGUCUCGAAGAAGAAGAGCCAGUGCUCCCAUCUCACAGUGGAGUUCAAGCAGGAGAUCUAGGUCUUCUUACACCCACGGCCUCAACAGAACUGGAUUUUACCGCCACAGUGGCUGUGAACGUCGAAGCAACCUCAGCCUGGCCAGUCUCACCUUCCAGCGACAAGCUUCCCUGGAACAAGCAAAUUCCUUUCCAAGAAAAUCAAGUUUCAGAGCUUCUACUUUCCAUCCCUUUCUGCAAUGUCCACCACUUCCUGUGGAAACUGAGAGUCAGCUGGUGACUCUCCCUUCUUCCAAUAUCUCUCCCGCCAUCAGCACUUCCCACAGUCUGAGCCGUCCUGACUACUGGUCCAGUAACAGUCUUCGAGUGGGCCUUUCAACACUGCCCCCACCUGCCUAUGAGUCCAUCAUCAAGGCAUUCCCAGAUUCCUGAGUAGGGUGGCUUUUGGUUUUUGUUUCUUUCUUGUCUUGUCUUUUAUUGAAAGGAAAUCAUAAAUAGGCUAAACAGAAUUUUGAGGGCAUGGCCCAAAUAACUCAUGAGUUCCAAGUUGAAACAUGGUUGUGCAAGUUGGACAUUACAAUGUAAAGCACAUUUUCUUCAAACACGUUUUCCCUUUUGUUUCAAAAAAUGUAAUAUUUUCCCCCAAGGGUUUUAUAUUUAUGUAUUUUGUAUUCAAUGUGAGGCUUAUUAAAAAUAGUGAUUCUAAUGUAAGAAUCAGCUAAGAUGCAUUAUAUAUAUUUUAAUUAAAAUUAAAACUUCAGAUAUUUGUGGAUUACAAUCCUCAUUUACUUCCAAUGUGACUAGAAAGAGAAAAAAAAAUCACUGUGUCACUUUAAAGAAAAAUCUUCUAAGGAAUUUGGAUUUUACUUUCUUUAGAAUGACAAGUGAAUCAUAUUGACAUUUUACAAUCUUGGAUUUUUCUUUUUUUUUCUUUUGAGACAGGGUCUUGGUCCAUCGCCCAGGCUGGAGUUGCAGUAGCAUGAUCAGGACUCACUGCAGCCUCUAUCUCCCAGUCUCAAGUAAUCCUCCCAUCUUAGUGCCCCAAGUAGCUGGGACUACAGGGGUGCACUACCACACCGGGCUGAUUUUUUUUUGAAUUUUAGUAGAGAGGAAGUGUCACUAUGUUACCCAGGCUGGUCUCAAACUCCUAAACUCAAAUGAUCCUCCUGCCUCGGCCUCCCAAAGUGCUGGAAUUAUAGGCAUGAGCCACCAUGCCUGGCCAAUCUUGGAUUUUUAAUGGACUAUGUGGGCACAAAAUGACAGAACAUAGGACAUUCUAAAGUUCCUUGAUUUGAUCAUUAUAAGAAGUGUGGGACUCAAGCACAGGAAACUGAACUCUUUUGGUGUCAUUGGAUGUUUCAUUUUUGACACUAAUUUUUUCUGGACAAACUCUUUAUGUGUUUUUCCCAAGAAUAGUUAUCUACUUCCUGGAGGCAAAAUCCUUGGAUUUACUAACAUGAUGAUUUACCUUUUCUUCACCGUUGUCAUUACAUUGUUAGAAAAACAACAGGAAAAAAUCCAAUUCAUUUGACCUAAAAACAAGCCUCAAGUUUAAAGCCAAGCUCACGUUUUUCUCAAGGGAAAAAUUUUCUUUCUUAAACUUACAUCUAGCAACUUGGAAAGCACUUUCUCUGGGGAUCUUCUUUUGUAACUUUGCAGACAAAUAAGUAUGAGUCACUGGGGAGAGAGUUAGUUAUUGAAAUAGAUGUUGCCCAUGAAGAAUUCUCCUUCCUGGAUUGACUCUUAAUCAUCAGGCAUCAUUCCUGGUUUGCUUCUCUACGAAUCUCAAUUCCAACUUCUCUGCAGAGUCUGUACAGUGAUUAAGCCAUGCCAGAUGGUCUUUGGUGCACACAGUUAUUUAAGAAUCCACUUCCACAGGUGGCUGCCCUUGUAAGGAAGAAUGCAUCCCUAAAUGUGGGCACCAGAGAGCUCCAGUGGGCAGAUGUCUGUGGCUGCCCUUCUCAUUUAAGGACAUGAGUUCACUGGAGUAUUACUCAAAAAGUCUGUGGUUCAUUUCCAGUAUUGCGAAUAUUUAGAUUAUGUGGCCGUUUCUUUGUUUCUUUGAACACUGGGAUUUUCAGUGAAAAAGUACCCUCUUUUUCAUUUCCUAUUGCAGUGGUCACAGCUAAUAGUGUCUGAACAUGGUUCAAGAAUAAGAGAUUCCAUGUAGCAUUUUCUUUAUUAUUUUCAUUUCCCUUAUAUUAUCCAUCAUUCCUUAAGGACAAUUAUUCUUAAUAAUGCUUAUAGAAAAUGUUCUCUAAUUAAACAUGCCAAAAGGAAAAAGUAAGGGAAAGAGGGAGCAAGAAGAAAAUAGAAGAAAAAGGGAAAAAAGCUAACUGGAUAACCAAUUUGUUAUAAGUUGGUUUUCAACAAAGAAAUUUAGCAGCCAAGUAAGGUUUCAAGGGAAUAUUAACUUGGUAUCAGGGCUACUUUUUUUUUUUUUUUUUUUUUUUUUUACUUGCAUGUCAUCCUUAAUGUCUAACAUGAAAAAUCAGCAAAGAGUAUGGUUUUUAUCAAGAAUUUGUGUUGGGAGUAAAAACUGCUUUAUAGCUCCCAAAUUAGGAAGAGAAGAGCAGAAAUCCUCUGGGGCAUUUAACCAUCUGGCAGAAUUGUUGCUGCACCCUUAUCCCAGUUAUAAGACAGUCAAAAUGACUAUUUCCUAAAUAUUGUGAGUGUAUGAAAUGUGAAAUUAAAGCAAAAACUGGAGACUUUUAAUGUUGUAUUUCUUUAAUUUGAAAUGUUGUGUGGAUUGUGAAAUAAAAAUAAAUUGAUGUCGUUUUAUUCAAAA